AUGUUAAAUUCCCUGUCAGACCUACCUCACAAUGUUGUCAUUUCCGAGACUGGGCGUGGAGCUGGAGGGGAAACCCACCCACUGGAUGUGAUCGUUUUUGUCAAGAGAUUCGCUGCCGACCAAUCAAUGUGCCAGGAGGCUCAACUCUGCUUCCCGCACCGGUACUUGGCCUUCCUCGGACCGUGCCCGUCUGAGCCUAGGGACUUGAAAGCUCCACUCAAAUCCAAGAAGCAAAGCUAUCUUGAGAUUGCCAAGUUUUUGCUUCGCAAACAGCCGAAUGAGUCUACACGAAGGGCUUGUGAAUUCAUUUUGAAGAUUUGCAACAAUGAGCCCCCUCAGUCAGUUCCUCGGCUUCCUUGGUUUGAGAAGCCUCCUGUUCCGGAAAUCGUGGUGGACCUAAAGGCACCAUCUGCGUUGACAGCCCUUGCACCAUUGAUGCGUUUCAGCGCAGUCUUGCAGCGCUGA